UGUACAGUGUCAUACAUCCAGCAUGGCGUCCAGAAAUGCAAUUUUAUUUCUAUUUUGUGUUCUUUUUUGUACGAUUUUAGUUAGUUCUAGGAAUAUUCAUAAGAAAAAACCUACAGAUGGAGUACAUCCAACGAAAGAAAGCGCGGAUGCAGCUUUAAAUGCCCAUCAGCAAGCUCCCGUUCAUCCUAAAAUCACUGAAAAAGAGAAAGAAGAGCAUAAAAGCGAAGGAGAGCAUCAAGAUAAAGAUGAGAAUGUUGGGGAAGAGGARGACCACAAUGAAAUCCCUAAAGAUCAUCCAAAAAGAAAAGGCUUUCAAGGUGGCGUYGUGCUGCUUGGUAAACACCCCAGCUGUCUCCAUGAUGUGCAACGAUURUGCCAUGAAUUUCCUCCUGAAAAUAAUUUUGAUAUCCUUGUGUGCCUGCAAGAUAAAGCCAAGGAAGAUGAUAUAUCGAAUGAAUGUCACAAUCUCUUAUGGUCCUACAAGAAAAACCUAACCUGUGAUUCAAGAUUUGAGGAUGCAGCAAAACAGUUCUGUAAAGAUGACCUUAAAAAGAUGCCUUACUGUCAACACCAGUUGUCAAAAUAUCCYGGCAAAGGAAAGCUUGUUCCGUGCAUGCUGAUGCAUCGUCAAACCAACAUCACGAACACCAAUUGCCUCAGCAUGAUGACUAAAAUGCAAGCCAUUGUUUUUAGUAACUACCACCUUAUYGAUGGAUUCUUUGACAAGUGUCAUGAYGAUGUCACAAAGCAUCAGUGUGGACGGAUUACGGAUAAAGAGGAAGAUGAGGAUAUCCAUACUCAAAAUGAAGUACUYGAAUGCCUUGAGGACCACACAGAGACCCUUACAGCAGACUGCCAGAAAGAGAUUUAUCGCAUGGCAGAACUUUCAUCAGACGAUUACCACUUGGACCGACCAUUAUUCUACGCUUGCAGGGAAGACAGAGAGAAGUUUUGUGCUGAAAUACCAUCUGGGGAAGGAAGAGUUUAUAGCUGUUUGAAGAAACAUAAAUUUGAAAGGACAAUGACAAAAGAGUGUCAAACAGCAUUAACUAUUCGACAGAAAGUAGAAUCCCAUGAUUAUAAGUUAGAACAUGCUCUUAGUGAUGGGAAACCUGUCGAUAGCAAGUGUCAAUCAGAGUUAUUUGACAUCCGCAAACAACUCAUGGAAGACUUCAAAAUCAACCCUGAAGUUGUAUCAGGAUGUGAAGAUGAGAUUCAAAACCACUGCUCAAAGGGCAAAGAAAGAGAAGGAAAGACUCUUGACUGUUUGAUGAAACUAGCUGAAGAACCUAAAAAAAUCAGCAAGAAAUGCACUAAGGCUCUGUCGACAUUGCUUAAAGAAACUGGUGCAGGUGGGGAUUAUCGCAUUGACCACACCCUCUAUACGGCCUGCGAACCUGUAGUGCAGACGACGUGUAAAGACAAGGGAAGGAAAGAUGGUGAUGUCAUGAUUCUUACUUGUCUGAUGGAUCACUUGAACUCUGAAUCCAUGGUCCCAGAGUGCAGAGAACAACUUCUGCAUUUACAGUUCUUCGUUGCUAGGGACUUCAGGUGCAUCUUAUGCCAGAGGUCCAGGAAGCGUGUAUGAAGGACCUGGGAUCAUACUGUAGCCAUAGUAUAGAGAAAGGACAGGAAAUAGACUGUUUACAAACAAACUUUGAAAAACUUGACGAAAGGUGCAGGGCAGUCAUUAAGAAUUUCACGGAGGAUGAGGGGCAGGACUAYCAACUGGAUCAGACUCUUGUCAAAGUGUGUACUGGAAUGGUGACUAAAUUCUGUGGGGAUGUAGUCAACCGAGGUGAAAGUGAUGGAGUUUUACCUUGCUUGAUAGAGCAUAAAAACGACCCAGAGAUGGAUGAAAAAUGUAAAGCAUCCAUUGAACAUUGGCAGCUGGACUACCAACUGGAUCAGACUCUUGUCAAAGUGUGUACUGGAAUGGUGACUAAAUUCUGUGGGGAUGUAGUCAACCGAGGUGAAAGUGAUGGAGUUUUACCUUGCUUGAUAGAGCAUAAAAACGACCCAGAGAUGGAUGAAAAAUGUAAAGCAUCCAUUGAACAUUGGCAGCUGAUUGAACUCAAGGAUUUCACAUUCUCAGCUAAUUUCAAGAAAGCAUGCAGAAAAGAUGURGAGAAGCUUUGCCCAAAAGCUCAAAAUAAGCAUGAUGUUAUUAAGUGUUUAAGCAAGCAUGUCAGAGAUGCUGUUGUGGAAGAGCAGGCUCAUGUUGUUUCUGAAAAGUGCCGAAAAGAACUUCAUGUUGCUGAAGAAGAGGAGGGAGAAAACAUCAAGUUUGAUCCAGAACUUUAUGGAGCUUGCACUAAAGAUGCAGAGACAUACUGCUCUGAUGUGACAGAAGGACAAGCCAAGGUACUUGAGUGYCUWAAGGACAAUAUGGAGUCUUUGUCAAAGGAAUGCCAUGCACAGGUGUUUGAAAGAGAGAAAGUAGAAAUGCAAGAUCCCAUGGUCGAUUGGAAACUAGUUAAGACAUGUCAAAAAGCAAUUGAGCAUUUCUGCCCAGAAACUGAUCCAAGAGACAUCUUGAAAUGCCUCAAAGAGCACAAACAUGAACCAGAGAUGGAUAAGAGGUGUUUGGCUAUUGUGACAAAACGGCAAAAAGCACAGUAUGAAAAUGAUGAGCUCGACCCUGAAUUGCAUGGAGCUUGUAAGAGAGACAUAAAGAAGUUCUGUAAAAAUCUCAGUGGCCAUGACAUGGGACAGAUGAUGACUUGCCUUAAGACUCAUUUAGAUAGGUUGUCAGAGGAAUGUGAACACUACGUUCGGUCUGUAACAAGAGAGGAAUCACUAGACUAUCGACUUGAUCCAACUCUUUCAAAGAACUGUAAAACUGAGAUUAACCAGCUUUGCAGUGACGUUGAGCCAGGAAAAGGCAGAAUGGAACAAUGUCUCAGAAAGCACUUUGGCAAAAUAGUUCCUUCAUCAAGAUGCUAUGCUGAGGUGAUUCGAACCAUGAAGGAAGGUAGAACUGAUAUCUAUAGAGAUUGUAAUGUUGAACUCUCCAUGAGGAUGCAUCAAUGGGGUGUUGCCAAGAUUACACAUCUGGAGUCCCUAAGUGAUUUAGGAGUUGCUAUUACAACAUCACCAUCAAAGAGCUAUUUUUUCAUGGUAUUCGCCAUUGCGCUUGCAAUUAUCUUUAUUGGAGGCCUUGUGUUUGGACGUUUUUCUAAGCGUAUUAAGAGAGAGAUUAAAGACCGGUGAUUCUACAAUAGGUGACUUUCAACAAAAACAUAUGGGUUUCUUUGACAGUCUAGUAAUUCGUGAGUAAUGGACAAUGCUGUGAAAUUGAGAUUUGACCAAYAACAACAACAACAAUGUCAAAUCAAUGGAUAUUUUAGUCUCUUUUUGUAACUUUUUGCAUAGCGUCAUACAUCUAWAAGCUUUAAUAUUACUGUAAUAAUUAUUAGGCAUUCAUAAAGGAGAUGAAGAAUGUAUUUCCGGAGAAGUAUUACCUUAGAAAAUGCUUUUAGUUAUGUCAAAAAUCUAGAAUUUUAUGUUUAUGGAUCAUUUACUCAUCAUUUACUCAUUUAGAAUUAGUCAACACACUUAAUUGUUGAAACAGGAUUGGUGCUAAGUUAUGAUAAUUAGAGUGAAGUCAUUUGACCCAUGAAAAAAAAAACUUGAGCGUUAAAGUGUGAUAGUCAAAUAGACAUAAAACAAAACAAUAUGCAAUUAAAACUUACUAACUAAGGUGUGUUAUUGAAUAAUUUUCUAUUUCACGUUUUUUUUUACUUCACUCUAAUUUCUUUUCUAUUGUCUAACAAUAUUAUUUAGUAGCAAUUAGCUGUGUUUCAACAAUUAAGUGUGUCCACAAUACUUUGGCUUAUUAAUUACUCUUAAAAAUUAGGCAGAGAAAAUAUAAUUCAAGGAUUUUAUCCAAGCAUUUUUAAAGUUGAAAUAUCUGAAUAAUUUUUAAUAGAAAAGACCAUAAGAAUUAUGACCAUAGAUGUUUGGAUAAGAUUGAUAAUUAGUACUUCUCAGGUCCAAUGUUAAUUCUGUACAUUCAAUAUUUCCAUAGAAAACAUUUCUUAGUUCAGAGAAAUUAAAUUUAAUGUUGGUUUAGCUGUAGUGAGAUUAGAACUUGGUGCUGGAACUGUUGGAUGUGACAUACGGUUGAAAGUAUUGCUAGUUGUCUGUUCAAGCAACUUAAUUUAUAAUAUUGCRAAAGCUGACACCUGAAUUUAAAKGACUUCUCUUUGAAAAAUAUUAAUUAUUUUAACAGUAGGAGCAAGGUUCCAUUGAAUUGCAAAAGUCUGGGUGUUAUUGCGUGUGUGUUUCUGUCCUUGAUUGUUUUGCAUUGUAAUUAAGAUGGAGAAGUAACUCCGUAUACAGGGAAAUAGGGUCUAAUUGYUCAAAAAUCAAUAGCACUAUUCGCUGGAUAAAAUCCAGAUAAAAUGCAUCGAGUGCCAAAUAAUGUCAUCUACUAUUUGUACAAACGGCACYGGAUGAAUUGUUUAAGUAAUUGAAAGAAAAAAACACUUGAAUAAGUGUCUGAGACAAAAAAUGAAAGUUAAAAUAAUCUGUUUUAAAAGUCUUCUUCAUGGUUCCUUUUGCAAUUUUGAAAGUGAACUGUGCAUUUUGCAUUGAAUCAAGUCUUUUGAGAUUAUAGAAACAUUUCAUACCUGCAGACAAUAAUUUGUUGGUAUAUUUGAGUGCAAGCCCAAAGAUCGUUUGGCUUCUAUAAAAAGUUAUGGUUACUUUUCAAGAUUGUAUUGAACUUUGUAGAAGACUUUUAGGUUUUGACUAUUAGCUAUGGAUUAUAAUGUACUGUUGUAUGGAAGCAAAUACCAUCUUGCYACAUUUUGUUAACUAGAAAACAAAGGAGCACAUCGAGUUACUGUGGUAAUCAAUCUACUAGUAGAGUGUUCUUGCUUAAAUAAUAAAACUUAAUUUGAAAUAUGUCUGCUGGCACUGUGUAUUGUAUUUUUAUCACAAUCGCAAAGUUCAAAGCAAUUCAUCCAAUUACAAAAAUGUGACCGUAAAAUUAGUAAUAGAUUCAUCGCACUUAAACUGUGCAACUGUACGAUAUCUAAGUAGUACUAAUUUGUACUAUAAGUGGACCUGAAGCAAGACUGUAUCAAACGCUUUAUUUGUAUCAAUUCAAUUUAAUUUGCGUACCACGUGCACGAUUUAUUAAAUACACCUAAACAGCACUACUUAGUUUGUACAAUUGCACGUUUUAAGUGCAAGCACUCUACCAUUUUGUAUUAUUUUAUGCUAAUUAUUUUGUGUUUUUUUUUCUGUUUUUCUUUCUAUUAACAUUUUUUGCAUUGCAGUUUAGUAAUUAAAGCUUCACACUUUUAGGAAAAACACUAGUACAUGUAUUUCACAAAAUAUUGAGUUUAAUAUAAAAAGCACAAAAUAAUGUAAAUGCAGUCAGUAACACUUAUGAAUGAUUAAGUAAUUAAUUGUAGAAAAUCUGAUUAGGUAGUUGUAGUACGAAAUAUAACAUUAAAUUCAUUGGAGAAAUCU